CUAGGUGUACGACACGGAUAUACCGGUUCUCUUUCAGAACGUCCACUCUCUCUCUCGCUCUAAAGCCGCAGGCCGCAGGCGUCCAUUCCUUAGAUUAGGUACAUACAUACACACACUCCUUACUAUCGUUCGGUCAUUUUGAGAAUAACUCUGCCCCCUCCCUGCGAGUAUUCGGGGUAUACACACAGUACAUCAUGCGUGCUUUCUUCAACCUAGCCGUAGCUGUUGCUACGGCCUUCGUCGCCCAAACCAUCGCUGCUCCGAUUGUUGCUACUCCGGGGUCUAAGAUGGAUCUGGUUAUCACUGAUAAAAACACACUUAACAGCACACACAUUCCCGUUAUAAAGUCUGGACAGAGGGUCCAGUCUAACGCGCUCAAGAUAUCUCUUGUCAACAACUUCGGCGGCGGAAAACUAAAUGUAUACGUGUCGGGCAAAGAUACCAAUGGUGCUAAUAUUAUGCUCUCUGCGAAUGGAUCUUGGUAUUACCCCGACCCUGCUGGUAGCAAGGUUCCAGUAGCAGUAAAAGGAAAUGUUGCUCUCCCGAUGAAAGCUAAAGGUCAGACUACCGAGUUCACGCUCCCCGACUACAUCAGCUCUGGCCGCAUAUGGAUUGCCGAAGGUAACCUUCAGUUCUUCGCCGUUGUUGAUGGAAAUGGACAAGUUCAGCUAGUCGAGCCGUCGGCCGCCAACCCGAGUGACCCUUCAGCGGCUGUGAACUGGGGAUUCGUCGAGUUAACCAACACGGAGAAGGGAGGCAUCUACGCCAACAUCUCCUUCGUCGAUUUCGUCGGUCUAGUCAUGGGUAUGACCUUAAAACUCGGCAGCGGCGAGACUCAAACAGUCAAGGGUCUUCAAGGGAACGCCAUCUCCUCCAUCUGCUCAGACCUGAAGACACAGGCGGCUGCGGAUGGCCAGCCAUGGGACAAGUUGUGCAUCACGGACUCUAAGGGAAAACCGCUGCGCGUCCUCGCUCCUAACCUAUACCUAUCCAUUGACCCUACUGCCAUGUCGACCUACUACAACGACUACAUCAACAAAGUCUGGACCAAGUACACCAGCCAAGACCUAACCAUCAACACUCAGGCCGCCGCCGGUAAUGUCACCUGCCGCGCUAGUGGCAACAAAAUGUCUUGCAAAGGAGACAACCGCGCGUACCCUAAGCCUACCAUGAUCGAUAUCUGGGGCUGCAACUCGGGCCCGUUCGGCAUCCAAGAUGGCGACAACGACGUCCACCGUGCCGUGGUUCCCCGCCUCUGCGCCGCAUUCUUCCGUAGCACGCUUCUGCUCGACGGCGGUAACCUCCAACCAGGUCUCGGCCAGGACAAGUACUACACUACGAGCCCCACGAGCCACUACGGGCGCAUCGUGCACAAGUACGAGACCGACAACAAGGGCUACGCCUUCUCCUACGACGACGUCAACCCCGAUGGCCAGAACUCGGCCGGCGUCGUGGCAGGCCUUAACCCUAACACUCUUCAGCUCGCUGUUGGUGGAUUUACUUCCUAAGGAGACCAAUCUUCAACGAUGAGAGUUGAAGAAAAAGGGGUUGGUAUCUUGGCAUAGAUACCAGCCCCUGAACUCAUCAUGGCGACAGUCAUGAAUCCGCAAUUGUAUAUAGCACCUUUUUCAUGUAUAUAUUUUUCUGUCAAUAGCAUUUAUGGGAAUCUGGG